AUGCCUCCCCAGGGCGAUGGAGAAUAUAAACCUGUAGCAGUGUCGGCGGUCCCACCGGUUCCCCCUCGGAGGGUUCGGAGCAGAGAGUCGUUUUCGGGCUCCAAGUGUUGGUCCGGUGGCGGAGAGCGCAAAGUGAAGUGUGUGCUUGUCGGUGACGGCGCAGUUGGAAAGACGAGCUUGAUUGUCAGCUAUACCACAAAUGGAUAUCCAACUGAAUAUGUCCCAACUGCUUUUGAUAAUUUUUCAGGUAACUUGACAAAUAUGUGCCUUUUGAAGUCAGGUAGGCUAUUAGGACCUAUUGUGGUCCUAUUGGCAUAUGCAAUUAAUUGUUUUUCUCAGGCCCUUUUAACAGCACAUUUAACAGGUAAAUUCUUGAUUAGCCUAUAUUUCUACUCAGCCUCAGACUGACAGCAAUUUUAAAUUCAGCUUGAGUAAAAUUUCUGCCAACUGUCUGCUGCCAUACAUUGGCAACAGGAAGACUAUGGUAAUUAUUAUACACAAUAGUUUGUCCAUAACAACACUGUUCUGGCCUUAACAGUAGUUAAUGGCAUUGUGGUUACCAAUUUAUUCUUUGUUAUAUUGGCUGAUUAAAUUUAUAAUUUGUUGUAUUUUUUCUUUCAGCGGUUGUGGCAGUUGAUGGCAAGCCAGUGAAACUGCAGCUUUGUGACACAGCUGGGCAGGUUUGUAAUUAAAAUACACCUCUAGGACAGUUUCAUAUGAUCGCUACACUCCUGGAAGUGUAAAGGAUUAGUUACAAACAAACAAAGUUGACCUUUUUGCUGUUCCUAAAAUGUCUCAAACUUCUUCUAACCCCCUAUGCAUUACUAGGCUACUACAUGUACAGAAUGGGUUCAAAUGGUCUACUAGUGUAGGGGAGAUAAGGGAUCUGUCUAAAUUGAUGUGCUCCAGUAGUGUUUUUGUCCUGUCAUUUACAUUUUAGUCAUUUAGCAGAUGCUCUUAUCCAGAGCGAUUUACAGUUAGUGAGUGCAUACAUUUUCAUACUGGCCCCCUGUGGGAAUCGAACCCACAACCCUGGCGUUGCAAACGCCAUGCUCUACCAACUGAGCUACACGGGACCAGUCAUGAGUCUUCACCAUAAAUGAGGUUACUCAGAUAAAUGCUGUCUCCCCCACAUGGGAGGGGGUAACAGGCUUGGGGGGAUUACAGAUAGGAAACCUUAUAAGUGUAAUGAAUUGAAUAUGAGCCUGGAAAGGAAACGUAGCUUCGGCACAGCUGGGGCUGCUCAGAGGAGAUGGGUCUGUUUCUGAGGAGCAGAGCAGGCUGGAGAGAGUCAGCAGUGGAAAACAGCCCAGGAAAGCAGGCCAAGAGAGAUCCAGAGCGGUUCUGUCUAGACACAGAGAGUCCCUGGCUGGAGGCUGAGCUCUGUGGGUUCAUAGGGUUCUGCUUUGUCUCUUUGCAGUGAGGCUCUAAGCCGAUGAGCUUUUCAUUAGACACCAAUGAUCUUUUCAAUUGUUUUGAAAUUAUUUUUUACAAGACAAUGCAAGCAAUAUCAUAGUUAUAGCAUAGUUAAACCUUGGUUACAUAGAAAAAUAAUCAAGAUGACAUUUCCGUUUGCAUGAAUAUUUUGCCCCAGCUGCCCGCCCAACCCCAUGAUGUGCUGCAAAUGUGAGAUAAUGGCUGAGCCAAUUCAACAAAAUAAUAGUUAUUACCUUUUCAAAGAUCAAUGUCACCCUACUCCCCUGGGCAUAACUGAGUCUGUGUAUUUAGCAUACUAAGCAUGCAGAAGACUGCCUGAAUACCAACCACAGGGUCCCUCACAGUCAAUGUUUUAGUAUUUUAUUGGGAUCCCCAGUAGCUAGUGCUGAAGCAGCAGCAACUCUUCCUGGGGAUGUUGUUGACCUCAUUGGGUUCCUGAUACCACUAAUUAACUCCCAGCCAAUCAGAAAUGAUCUGGAGACCCUUUGCUGCUACCCUCUGAAGAGGGAAAUGCACUAUUAAAAUCUCUUUCAGGAAGCAAUGGGUACACACAAGCUGGGUGUAUCAGAGAAACAGAUGAGAGAGAGCGAUGGAAUGCACGUUUGUCAAUUAACAACAAAAUAUAAUCUCAGUGGAAUGCCAGCGUUAUCGUCCCUCCAAUAGAACUAGAUGUAUUGGAGAUAUGCAAACGUAAUCUGAAUGUUGUGUAAUAAGCAAAGAUAAGCACACAUAUUGGCGUCAGUGCAAUGGCCCAUGGGUUGGAUGUUUACCGCUGGAACUCCCCUGCAAUGCUGAGCUGCCACUAAUGUCACCGCUCCACUCAGAGGCUCUUUAGCUGGUGAUAUAAAUGAUGUCACCGCUCCACUCAGGGGCUCUUUAGCUGGUGAUAUAAAUGAUGUCACCGCUCCACUCAGGGGCUCUUUAGCUGGUGAUAUAAAUGAUGUCACCGCUCCACUCAGAGGCUCUUUAGCUGGUGAUAUAAAUGAUGUCACGCUCCACUCAGAGGCUCUUUAGCUGGUGAUAUAAAUGAUGUCACCGCUCCACUCAGGGGCUCUUUAGUUGGUGAUAUAAAUGAUGUCACCGCACCACUCAGAGGAUCUUUAGCUGGUGAUAUAAAUGAUGUCACCGCUCCACUCAGGGGCUCUUUAGUUGGUGAUAUAAAUGAUGUCACCGCACCACUCAGAGGAUCUUUAGCUGGUGAUAUAAAUGAUGUCACCGCUCCACUCAGGGGCUCUUUAGUUGGUGAUAUAAAUGAUGUCACCGCUCCACUCAGGGGCUCUUUAGCUGGUGAUAUAAAUGAUGUCACCGCUCCACUCAGGGGCUCUUUAGCUGGUGAUAUAAAUGAUGUCACCGCUCCACUCAGGGGCUCUUUAGCUGGUGAUAUAAAUGAUGUCACCGCUCCACUCAGGGGCUCUUUAGCUGGUGAUAUAAAUGAUGUCACCGCUCCACUCAGGGGCUCUUUAGCUGGUGAUAUAAAUGAUGUCACCGCUCCACUCAGGGGCUCUUUAGCUGGUGAUAUAAAUGAUGUCACCGCUCCACUCAGGGGCUCUUUAGCUGGUGAAAAUCACAUAUCCUUAUACUUACAGAGAUUGGGCAGUGGGGUAGUGGUUUGCUGUGCCAACUGUGAAUCAGAAAUGUUUUCCUCCUCUACCCUCUCAACAGCCUCAUCACACUUUCUCUCUUUCAUUUAGCUGCAUGAUCGUCAUCACAAAUUCCUUUUGGGAGUCAGUCAGACAAAAUGUGGACUAUGGUUCAUAGUCUUAUGUACACUGAACAAAAAUAUAAACGCAACAUGUAAAGUGUUGGUCCCAUGUUUCAUGAGCUGAAAUAAAAAAUCCCAUAAAUGUUCCAUACGCACAAAAAGCUUAUUUCUCUCAAAGUUUGUGCACAAUUUUGUUUACAUCCCUAUUGGUGCAUUUCUCUUUUGCCAAGAUAAUCCAUCCACCACCUGACAGGUGUGGCAUAUCAAGAAGCUGAUUAAACAGCAUGAUCAUUACACAGGUGCACCUUGUGCUGGGGACAAUAAAAGGCCAUAUGCAUUUUUGUUGCACAACACAAUGCCACAGAUGUGUCAAGUUUUGAGGGAGCGUGCAAUUGGCAUGCUGACUGCAGGAAUGUCCACCAGAGCUGUUGCCAGAAAAUGUUAUGUUCAUUUCUCUACCAUAAGCCGUCGUUUUAGAGAAUUUGGCAGUAUGUCCAACCGGCCUCACAACCGCAGACCACGGGUAACCACGCCAGCCCAGGACCUCCACAUCCGGCUUCUUCACCUGCGGGAUUGUGUAGGGGGGUGGGGGGGUGCUGAGGAGUAUUUCUGUCUGUAAUAAAGCCCUUUUGUGGGGUAAAACUCAUUCUGAUUGGCUGGGCCUGGCUCCCAAGAGGUGGGCCUAUGCCCUCCCAGGCCCACCCAUGGCUGCACCCCUGCCCAGUUAUGUGAAAUCCAUAGAUUAGGGCCUAAUGAAUUUAUCUCAAUUGACUGAUUUCCUUAAAGGAACUGUAACUCAGUAAAAUCGUUGAAAUUGUUGCUUGUUGCGUUUUAUAUUUUUGUUCAGUAUAAAUAUUUUAAUCUAUAAUAUAGUUAUGUUCUAGCAAUUUAAUAAUGCUCUCUCUCUUCUCCAAUUUAGCUAUUGGUAGUUCAGCAACAUUAAAGGAGAUUCAAAUCAACUGUAGGCUAUGCUGAAAGAGCUGUCCCUAAUCAGAAACACUACAGCAUGUAGACUUUGUCACUCUAACAGAAACUGAUACAGGUGUCAUGUGUUGUCAGGUUGUGGACACAGUGUGUGUUCCUGCCUGCCAGAGACACUUUGUCAUGAGGUUGAGGCUCCACUAGUUACAGCCAUGCACAUGGUGACAUCUUAGCCAAUGAGGGCAGGAUUUUUCUUCUCUUGACUAUGCCCUUGUCAACCCUCUACACUCUUAGAAAAAAGGGUUCCAAAAGGGUUCUUCAGCUGUCCCCAUAGGAGAACCCUUUUUGGUUCCAGGUAGAACCCUUUUUGGUUUCAGGAACCAAAAAGGUUCUACCUCUGACCAAAAAAGGUUAUUCAAAGGGUUCUCCUAUGGGGACAGCCGAAUAACCAUUUUAGGUUCUAGAUGAAACCUUUUUUUCUAAGAGUGUACUCAAAGACGUGUCAUGAACCCCCCUCUCCUCUCCUCUCCUCUCCUCUCCUCUCCUCUCCUCUCCUCUCCUGAUUUUCUCUCCUCCUCUCCUCUCCUCUCUCCUCUCCUCCUCUCCUCUCCUCCUCUCCUCUCCCUGCAGGAUGAGUUUGACAAGCUGCGUCCGCUCUGCUACACCAACGCAGACAUCUUCCUGCUGUGCUUCAGCGUCGUCAGCCCCUCCUCCUUCCAGAAUGUAACAGAGAAAUGGGUGCCGGAGAUUCGCCGGCACUGCCCGCAGGCGCCGGUGGUUCUGGUGGGCACCCAGUCGGACCUGCGGGAGGAUGUUAAUGUUCUGAUCGAGCUGGCCAAGUAUAAAGAGAGGCCAGUCGAGCCCCAGGAGGCCCAGCAGUGUGCCGAGGACAUGAGGGCCGUGUCACACAUGGAAUGCUCCUCACUCACCCAGAAGAACCUCAAAGAGGUGUUUGACGCAGCCAUCGUGGCCAGCAUCCAGCACUCUGACAGUCAGCAGCAGCAUAGACUGAAAAAACGGACUCCAGACAAGAUGAAGAAGCUUUCUAAAUCAUGGUGGAAGAAGUACUGUUGCGUGGCUUAG